AUGUCUCUAAGCAGCCAUCGUCGUCCUGGUGUUAAUGUCAAUGGAGUCCGAACGAUGAGAACUUAUCAUUAUUCUGGUGUCUCCAUUGCCAAAACCAUAAGGUUCACAAGUUCAACCCCUUUUGAAAGUUUUUGUCCCCAUUGUUUUCGUCAACCUAGUCACGAGCUUGAUGUCACAUGGCCUAACCUUCGUGCUGAUCAUGGCCUCGACCCUUUGAUCACUCUCGUCGAACGACCUCGACAGCAGCCGAGUGCUGUUGAUGCACUUGAAGAUACAGGCAAUGAGUUAGAUGGCUUCGAUACCGACAGGACAGAGCCCCCACCGGCAGCUGUUUCGGCCAUUGAGGCGUUGCCAGUGGUGAAAAUCACGGAAAACCUUCUGAUCAGUGCCACGCAUUGCCCCGUAUGCAAGGAUGAAUUCGUAGUCGAUGCCGAUGCAAAAGAGCUUCCGUGUAACCAUUUGUAUCACUCUGAUUGUAUUGUACCUUGGCUGAGCAUUCACAACACCUGCCCCGUUUGUCGGUAUGAAAUCAAUGACGAUAAUGACAUGGUUAACACUGCCGCCUCGGUCAACGACGAUGAUCGAACCGUUGAAAUGUUUUUCCGAGACAUCGAUUUUGUUGUCGACAAUCUUGCAAGUGGACUGACCCGGUUGCGAACUCGGUUCCUCUCUUCAAGGACUCUUCAGGCGUUCUCUCAUUGGACACACCGAUAUCUCUCCCACAAAAAAUUUAUAUUCAUUUAA